UGUAUUUAUUGUGCCGUCCCUGAAAGCGUUAAAAGUACUUGCUGAAAAAAAAAUAAUAAUAUUUAUCAAAAAAAUGGUUGUUGACAUGGAACUGGAGGAAGCUAAAAAAAAUGUUUUGGAAUUGAUGAAAAAAAAGGAUGAAAUUGAAGCUGAACUAAAACAACUCAAAGAUGUUUUGACAAAGAAUCAUGUUGAUAUGAAUGACAGUCUGGUUGAUUCGGAAGGAUUUCCUAGAUCUGACAUUGACGUAUAUCAAGUUAGAAUAUCUCGACACAAAAUAAUAUGUCUUCAAAAUGAUCACAAAGCACUUAUGAAACAAAUUGAUAAUGGAUUAAUUAAAAUUCAUGGUAUUUCUGGUCAUGAAAAUGGCAAUAAUAAUGCCUUGCAAGCUGCAUCAUCAUCAUCAUCAUCAUCAACAACAACAACAAUGAUGAUUGAUGAUUUUGAUAAUUAUGAGGCUUUUCUAAGAGUUGAUUUUGUAUCACCAAGUUCUCCAGCAGAAUUAGCUGGUAUCAUGGUUGAUGAUUUAAUUAUUGAAUUUGGUUCAGUAAAUGCACAAAAUUACAAGAGUCUAAAGGACAUUGGAGAUAUUGUUGAAAAUAGCAGAUAUAAACAAGUUAUUGUUAAAAUAAGACGAUCAUCUGAACAAAAUAUGGCAUUGACAUUGAUACCUCGACCAUGGACAGGCAAAGGACUUCUUGGAUGUCACAUUGUUCCCUUGGAAAUUGUUGAAAGAUAAUUAUUUCAAUAAUCAUAUUGUUCUAUUUAUAUUUACUAUAUAAUAAUUACAAGUACUUUCUUUUGUAUUUAAAAAAUUGAUAAAUAUUUAUCUAAAAUAAUAAAUAUUGCUAUUUAAA